AUGUCCAAUCAAAAGUAUUUAUUGCCUAAAACAUUACUUAAAAAGUUAAGAGAUUUUACAGAAAUAUGUAAGCAAAGCGAAAAUGAAAUUGCAUUUGAUUUUAUUGAAAAAUCUCGUCUUUGUCUUGAUGUUGUUUUACAAAUUACAAAAUAUUUGACAUUAAAUGAAGCUGUCAAAGCAUUUUCUCUAAAAAUUUUAUAUUUAUUACAAUCGUAUAAUGCUCGAAUUCAUUUAUCUGAACUAGAUCAUAAAUUUGUCAUUAUGAUUCUUCGAGAGUUUAACCGUAAAACAAUAGAUUCAUUCAGUCUUAAAACAUUUAAUGAGAGUCGAUUUAUUAAGCAAGAAUCUUCAAUUGUUCAAAAUCAAGUUAUGUCACUGAUAUGUUUCAACAUUCCAUCGAGUAGAAUUAAAAGAAAAUAUAUUGGAUAUUUUCCUAAUAUUACUUCACUUAUACUUUACUUUGACGAAGAACCUGAUUUGAGAAAUUUGAGUAGAAAUCUUUAUAUAUUAAAUUAUAAAAUAAAACGAUUAGAAAUUCAUUGUGUUGAAUCAAGUGGAAGUCUUAAUGAUUUCCUUUAUUUUGGAGAACAUAUGCGAAAAAAUAAAUCAAUCGAAUAUUUCGUUUUCGAGAUGCGACAAUCUUCAUUGACUUUGACAAAAAAUGAUUAUACAUAUUAUACACCGUAUUUCUUCAGACAAGUUGUCGAACUCAUCAAACAAAUGCAAAAUAUUUCUACGGUUUGUUUUCUUGUCAAUAAAUUUAACUAUGAAAUAAUAUUAGAUGAAUCUAUGUGGAAGAGUGUUUUGAAAAUUUGUCAUCAUUUGACGACGAUUAUUGUGAAAGCUAUUGGAAUCGAUGAUCUUAAAGAUAAACAAUCAAAACAAAGAGCACUUGAAAUUCAGCAUCAAUUACGUGAAAUAAGGAAGAAUAUCAACUUUCGUCUUAUUUUUCAAUAG